ACUUCGCUGCGAGAGUGGAGAUAAGAUAAGCUCACACACACACACACUCACACACACAGAAAGAUAGAGCGCAUUAAAACUGGGCAUAUUAAGCUUAUAAGCCUUGAAAUUAAUGGAGAAGAACCCGACAGGUCUGAGGAAAGGUACCUGGACCCAAGAGGAAGACGAUCUUCUCAAAGCUAGCAUUCACCAGUACGGCGAGGGAAAAUGGCAUCUUGUUCCUCAAAGAACUGGUUUGAAGAGAUGCAGGAAGAGCUGCAGAAUGAGAUGGUUGAAUUAUCUGAAACCCAACAUCAACCGAGGAAGCUUCACCGACGACGAGGUUGACAUGAUUCAAAGGUUCCAUAAACUUCUGGGCAACAGAUGGUCGUUGAUAGCUGGAAGGCUGCCAGGAAGAACAGCGAAUGACGUGAAGAAUUUCUGGCACACCAACAUGCGGAAGAGGAAGAAUAAAGAAGAAAGCCAUGGGACGAAAGCAAAAGAGGAUCAGACAGAAGAAGUAAAACAGCACGUAGUGAUAAAACCUCAGCCUCACACUUUCUCUAAGAAUUCGCCAUGGCUGAGGAGGAAUAAUAAUAAUAUUAAGAUUGUUUCCGCAAGUGAAGGUGGUGACACUGAUAUUAUUAAUGCUGAAACUGGAACUAGUUCUAGUGGUGAUAUGAAAGAGAGUGUUGCAGAGCCAUGUGCUGUUCAUUUUACUCAGAGAGAUAAAUUAGAAGCGUGGUGGGCGAGUUUGCUGAAUGAUGAAGGAGAUGAUGAAGGGCAAGCUGGGAAUUUCACUAUGGAGUUUUGGGACCAAGAAGAUUUUCUGAAAAUUGAAGGUCCAUUCGGGGAAGGCCUGGGUAGUUGUUGGAGUCAGUCAUUGCUCAUAUAAGUUCUAAUCAUUUGAUUUUUGAGAUUCUCCUCUUUCUCGAAUUCGAAGGGACUACUGCGGAAAGUGGAGGAAACUACAAAUUAGAUUAGCAUGGCCUGGAUUGAAGAUCAUAUGGUUCGAAGGAUCAGAUUCAUUUGGGUUUGUAAGGAGUUAGAUCGUGUUCGUUAAUGAAGAAGUGUUAAAAGUUUGUUCUUUGACUUUCGGAUGUACCUAAUCGCAAACAAAAGAUGGCUUGCAAUCAUUCUAUGACAAAAAAUAAAUAAAUGAAUUGUGAUGUGU